GACGCCAUUUUAUUUCAAAUUAGACGGUAAAGGCGAAGAAGGUGUAGGUAGUGGCUUUUUCUUGUCUCACUGUGUGGUUGCCACCGUUUUAAGUUAACGUUAAGACGCGUUGUUCCUACGGCACAUCUACCGACGCGUCCUUCCCGAGGGAGACCGCGACGUCUGAGGCGCACUUUGGUAGUGGGAGUCGACCUGGGCCUUUGUGGAGCGCCGUGCUCCGGGGUUGAGUUGAUGUUCGACUCUGCUCUGCGGCCCAUGAAAACCUCAGACUCGCAUGAAGUGAAGUGGACGGAGGGAAGAAGACUAACGUUAGCUCCAAAGACCUGGAGCCCCAUCGGCGAGGAGAAACUGAGAGAGAGGGAGGCUGAGACCCUCAGCUGUUUGACGACAAAGAGGUGACACUUGUGAGGACAGAAUGGGAGGAGGAGAGCGGUACAACAUUCCAAUUGCCCACCCAGAGCACAAUGUGCCCAAGAAGAACCACCAAGGAGGGGGCAAAAACCGGGGAAGGAGCCACAACAGCUCAGCCCCGUUGCGUGCUGCUGCAGGACCAGCAGGGGGCCAGUCGCACAGCCCCCGCAGGGCAGACAUGGGCCCUGGUCACUCCUGGUCUCUCGAGACGCGGCAGGCUGUGUCUAUGGAGAAGCCCGCAGGCUGUGGCCAGGCCUGGGACCGCUCUGUGUCCCAGCUGGAUGUGCUGCUGGCACCCCAGAGUAGCCAUAACUAUGCAGGGGCCAAAUUCAGCGAGCCCCCGUCCCCGAGUGUGUUGCCUAAGCCUCCCAGCCAUUGGGUGGCAUUCUCCAUGGCUCCCUGUGACCGCCGUGAAGUGAUGGCCUUUCAGUUGAAGAGUCUCCUUAAGGUCCAGGCCUGAGUAGACUCUGGAUCAGGGUGCCCUUUCAUUGGCUAGCCUGUCAGGAACGACACGGUGCUGUAAUAUGCUUUCAGCAUGGUUUUAAGAACUUUUUACACUGUCUCCCAGAGGAAGGACAGGCCGUUUGGUACUCGUUCCUGCGCGCCUUUUGUUCUCGAAGUUAUUUACGAUGCAUUUUUAGCGGUGGUAUUACAGCAGCGUACCCUUGCUGAUAGGCAGAUGUCUGAGGGGGGGCUUGUCUCUAAGAAUGACAAACUUUCAGCACUGAUUCCGUCUACCCGACGGUCUGUUGGUGCUCUUUCGUCCCAGUUGGGGUGGG